CUCAAACAAUCAAUAUAAUACAAAAUAGAUACAUAUUCCAUAAUAUGAAACCCAUCGACACAAAGAAAUAAUCAUCUCAAAUGAGAUGAGAAAAACACCAAACCCCAACUCAAAAUUCUCCACAAAAAUCAAAAUAAAAAAAAAAAAAUGGAUUUUGUAGAAUUGGAAGCAAUAGAAGGGUUAAGAUGGUCAUGGAAUUCAUGGCCAAUUUCAUCAAAACCAUCAGCAGAUCUGGUAAUCCCAUUAUCAAUAAUGCAAACCCCAUUAAUGAAAUUUAAUGAACUUCCAUUAUUACCUUAUGAUCCUUUAAUUUGUAUUCAUUGUGGGUCCAUUUUAAACCCAUAUGCUCGUGUAGAUUACCAAUCUAGAAUCUGGGUCUGCCCUUUUUGUUAUCACAAGAAUUCUUUUCCAAGAUCUUAUGCCGAUAUCGGCGAAAACAAUAUCCCUGCUGAACUUUUCCCUACUUAUAGUACUGUUGAGUAUCAGUUAGGUGGUCAUCAGGGUUUGGUCAUGAACCCCGGUUCGAACCCGGUUCAUAAUUGGGCUAAUGGGGCUAAUGGGUUGGGAAAGUCGGGUGCUUUAAUGGGUUCUGUGUCGUCGUUGUCGAGUUUGGAUAGAGGGGGAAGUGGAGGGAGGGGAAUGGGAAUGGGGGGGGGGGUUGGGCCGGUUUUCGUGUUUGUGGUUGAUGGUUGUUCGAGUGAGGAAGAGUUGCAAGUGCUUAAGAAUGAGUUGUUGUUGAUUGUUGCUCAGUUGCCUGACAAUGCGAUGGUCGGGUUGAUCGUGUUUGAUUCGAUGGUGAAAGUGUAUGAUCUUGGGUUUUCAGAGUGUUUACGGGUGGUUGUGUUUCAUGGAGAACGAACGCUUUCAUCUAACCAGAUCAUAGAUUUACUGGGAAUCCAUCCAACUAAGCAUCUAAUUGGGAAAACACAAGGGGUGCAAAAACAGAGCUUUAUAUUACCAGCUUCCGAAUGUGAAUUUAAUAUUACCACUGCCAUUGAAGAUAUCUGCUAUUCAUCACCACUCACACCAGGUCACCGGUCUCCUCGAUGUACAGGUGCUGCAAUACAAGUUGCCAUAGCGCUUUUAGAAGGAUGCUCAGUCUCUAAUGGGUCUCGUGUAAUGGUUUUCACUUCUGGACCUGCAACCAUGGGACCAGGGGUGGUUGUGAGUCAAGAUCUAAAUCAAUCAAUUAGAACUCACAGAGACAUAAACAGUGGUCAUGCUCCUUUUUACGAUAAGUCUUGUGAUUUUUACAAACAAAUAUCGCAGAAGCUAACAGAUUUGUCCAUGGUUCUUGAUCUGUUUGCUUGUUCUCUGGAUCAAGUUGGAAUAACCGAGAUGCGUGAGCCAGUGGAGAAAUCAGGUGGCUUCAUAAUGCUGGCAGAAUCUUUCGAAUCAGAUCAGUUUAGAAAAUGCUUACGUCACAUUUUCAGUCGUGACGAGUUAGGUAUUUUGAAUAUGUGUUUUGAUGUGACUAUUGAGAUAGUUACCACAAAAGAUGUGAAAAUAUGUGGCGCCAUUGGACCGUGUAUCUCACUUGGGAAAAAGAAUGGGUCAGUGAGUGAUAAGGAGAUUGGUGAAGGCGGGACCAACACGUGGAAGCUUGGAACAAUAACUGAUAAAACCUGCAUAGCCUUCUUUUUUCAAGUGAGUGCAGACCAAAAACCACAGCCCGGGUCCGCCUUUUUUAUACAGUUCAUAACAAAGUAUAGACAUGGAAACAUGGGACUUCGGAAACGGGUAACUACAGCAGCUAGAAGGUGGGUUAGUGGUGGUGCACCUGAAAUCGCUGCAGGUUUUGACCAAGAAACUGCAGCUGCAGUCAUGGCUAGACUUGCGGUCCAUGAAACCAAGACGAAUUUCCCAAGGGAGGUGGUGAGAUGGCUCGAUAAGGAGCUAAUCAGUUUCGCAUCAAAGUUUGGUGACUAUAUCCCGGAAGACCCCGCAUCAUUUCGUCUUUCGACCAAUUUCUCGUUAUACCCGCAGUUCAUGUAUCACUUAAGAAGGUCUCAGUUUAUUGAUGUAUUCAACAGCAGCCCGGAUGAGACUGCGUUUUUCCAGAUAAUGUUAAAUCGUGAAGGAGUUGUGGGGUCAUUAAUAAUGAUACAACCGACUCUUUCCCGAUAUUCAUUUGACGGGCCUCCCGAACCUGCUCUUCUAGAUGUUUGUUCGUUAUCACCCGAUGUAAUUCUGCUAUUUGACUCCUAUUUUUAUGUUGUUGUUCAUUACGGUUCCAAGAUAGCUCAAUGGAAGAAGCUGGGCUAUGACCGGGAUCCAAACCAUGAAAGCUUUAGGAAGCUAUUGGAAGCACCAGAAGUUGAGGCGGAGCAGCUCGUGGCUCAAAGGAUCCCUGUUCCAAAGCUUGUGAAGUGUGAGCAGCAUAGUAGUCAGGCUAGGUUUCUUUUGGCCAAGUUGAACCCUUCGGCUACUCAUAAGUCGAGCUAUGUGGAUGGGUCAGAGGUUAUAAUGACCGAUGAUGUGAGCUUACAAGUGUUUAUUGAGCAUUUGCAAGAAUUGGCAGUUCAAGGCUGAUUGAGUUACCAUCUCCAUUGUUGGUUCUGGUUUUGUAGAUAUGUUCUUCUUUGUGCUGGUGUUGAUUUUAUGAAGUAAAAUCAUCAUAUAGGGAGUUAGUGUGUACAAUGACUACGAUUGAGGCAACUUUGUUAUCGGAAAAUAUAGUUUUGUUUGGUUUGUUGAUA